AUGGAUCGUCUUCUCCUUCGGGCAGAUGAACUACUGCGGAGCGGGGUGGAGAAUCCGGCGGGGGGAGGGGCCGAUCUCAAGAAGGACGAUUCCGCGAAUGGCGAUCCCGGGAAGGACGCACCGAUGCCGAGGGUGGCGAUGAGCGCGUUGAUGCUCGAUGCGGUUUUCGCCUCGAAGGUCCAGAACCUCCAACAGCGCUGUGAUGCCAUGCGAGAGGAGGCUACACUGGAGGUGAGUAGCUUGCAGGUGAAUUUAACGCAGCUACUGUGGACAAUGGGCCCGAAUGAGGAGGUUUCCUCAGUAUUGGGCGGAGCCUACAGCCAUACUGCUAUCCCCCAUCUGCUGCCGUUAAUGAUACCCUUUCUGGAAGAUUUGCUCAAGGACGAAUAG